AUGUGCCAUAAUGGUGGCCUGCGUCGUGUCCCAGGAGGCGAACCGGCGCCCACUUUCGCGCUCCAGUCCACGCGGAAGCUUUUCGUGUAUAUAAGGGCCGCGCGCGCCGUGGUAGCCACACACCGACCAUCCGUGUCAAAACACCACCACCACCAACUCCAGCAGCAGCAGCGGCAGCAACAAGAUGAAGAUAGCACUGGUCCUGGGCUGCCUCACGAGAUCAUCUACGACUACGUGGCGCCGGCCAGCUACCGCUUCGACUACGCGGUGCGCGACGGCCACACGGGCGACGCCAAGACGCAGUGGGAGCACCGCGACGGCGACACCGUCCGAGGCGCCUACUCGCUCGUCGACGCCGACGGCACGACGCGCAUCGUCGAGUACACCGCCGACCCGCACAACGGCUUCCGCGCCGAGGUCAAGCGCCUGGGACACCCCGCGCCGCCGCCCCCGCAGCCGACCUCAGGAAAUAUGAAUGAUGCUUCUAUUCUUGAGGAUGAUAAAGAGGAAAAGCAUCACGAAGACAGAGCACCGCCACCCAACACUGCUAAAGCAAAUAAUAAAAGGAAACUUCAGGACGCAUCUGAAAGAGAGUCGAUGGGGGUAUUGACACAUAGUUCAACUUGUGUUUUACCACAAAAGGAUCCUGAUGAUUUGAUAUCUCUUUUGCUGUACUUAAAAUAA